CUUCUUUUUCAAAGAAAUCAGAGCGAACUGGCAUAGAGCUAGGAAGUUCUGGUAAAGUUCGAGUGAGGUAAAAUUCUCACUUUCGUGAUGUCUGCACGGCCACCAGGAGCUGUGUUACUUGGGGUACUUUUCGUGCUGGGUAAGCUUCUUGAAAUGUGAAUUCUCAACAUUGUAUGAAGUCAAGAUAUGAUUCAGGGCACGUAAGAAGAAACGGCAGCACUGCUCCCAAUUCUUUUCACGAACAAAAGCUACGAGUUUUCAUCAGUGAAGAAUGCACGUAUAGAUAUGUUUGGGAAAGGCGAAGAAAAGCGUUGUAAAACAGAAAAGCUGCCAACUAAUUUUUUUUCAUGAAAGCUACUAGAUUUUUGGAUGCCCCUGUUUGCUCCUAAAAGUCAUGCAGUAUUUGCUUGAAUAUUACGAAAGGAAUCUUAUCUAAUGGAACCCCGAGUAAGAUUUGAGAAAAAGAUCUUGGCAGCCUUACACAUCAUAGCUCUUUUUGUUUGUCUGUUACUCAAGUCCGCUCAUCAUAUACCUUGCGCAUCAAUGUUUAAUGCUAUCAUUCUUUUUCAGGAGUACUGCCCAAAGUUGAAGGUAAUCUAAUGGCGUUUUAAGUAUCUGGCUGAUCCAUGAAAAUAUUUACUGUCGUACGACACACGUUGAGCACCACCUUCUUACUUGAAACACAAUAAAUGAAGUGAACACUCAACUCUGCCAGAUGUCCUUAAAGAGAUGCUGCGUUCAGUGCCUUACUUACAUACCAAACAGCCAAAAAAAUAAAAAAAUAAAAGAUCUGAGAUAUAAAUUGAUAAAUUCAGCUUCUUACUUGAGGGGAACGACGGCCUGCGAUCUCACGAGACACGUUUGUGUUAUGCCAGGCCACACAGUGGCAACCAUAACAUUUGGCUUUAGUAUAAGAUAGCAGGCAGUGAAAAGUCACAUCUUUAGUUCGAUACUGAGUACCUUCUGAGGAUUAUAAAAGCAAAUCAGGUAGGUCUAAAUUUGAAUCAGCUUCAAACAAACCGAUUUUGUUUGAAGCUGAUUGACAAUAGGUAUUACUCUUUGUUUUCCUUCUAUAAAGGCUCUUACGAACAGGAAGCCUUAGAAGCACAUAACAAUUAUCGCAGGAUCCAUGACGCCCCACCAAUGAGGCUGGACUCUAAUAUGAACCAGCAGGCAGCAGCCUAUGCCCAGCGGUUAGCACGCAUGGGUACACUGCAGCACUCGAGUUCUAGUGAGAGACCAGGCCAGGGUGAGAAUCUCGCCAUGGCUUGUGGGUCUGGAGGCCUGUCCGCGAAAAGAGCUGUUGAUAUGUGGUGAGUACUAAAAAAGUACUGAAGAACAUUUCACUCACAACUUGUUUCAAGGGAAAACAAUGCCUUUGUUGCUCUUGCUGUUUUUAAUAACUGAGCAAUCCCAUGUCAGGUAUCAAUUUUAUCAGUGUAAAAAAAAGUGCUGUCACGGUUAACAUAACACUUGAUUUGACGUGUGAGUCAUAUACUAGCGAUUCCUCGAGCAAGUUCUACAAUUUCACUGCUAAAGUUCAGUUCAUUCCGAACGUCCCUCUUUCUUAAGCUUCUAACCUUUCCUACUCGUUUCUUUCUUUCCUCUUUCUACCAAAGGUAUAAAGAAGUUUGCCAAUACAACUUUAACAAUCCUGGAUUUGGAUAUGGCACAGGGCACUUCACGCAGGUAGUUUGGCGAAAAAGCGUAAAAUUAGGAAUGGGCUCCGCCACGUCCGGAAGAUGCACCUAUGUUGUAGGCCGAUACAGCCCUGCGGGGAAUAUGAUGAGGGACUUCAGGGACAAUGUUGCAAAGGGAAGUUUUGAAAAGAGUAGUUAUUGUAACGGGGGUGGUGGAGGCGGCGGAGUUGGCGGCGGCGGCGGCGGCGGUGGUGGUGGUGGUGGCGGUGGCGGCGGCGGCGGUGGUGGUGGUGGGUGGCGUCCAGGGGGAGGUGGAGGUGGAGGAGGGUGGAGACCUGUUGGAGGCGGGGGUGGCGGUGGAGGUGGCUGGAGACCUGUCGGUGGAGGUGGAGGAGGAGGAGGAGGAGGAGGAGGAGGCUGGAAACCUGUGGGCGGAGGAGGAGGAGGAGGAGGCUGGAAACCAGUUGGGAACGGAUGGGGCCGGAGGCGCCGCUGA